GCCAGGGAGCUGAGACUGCACUUAGUUACCUGGAAUGUAGGCACAGCUUCUCCGCCUCCUGAUGUCACUAGUUUACUCCAGCUCGAUUCAGACAGCCCAACUGUUGAUAUGUAUGUUAUAGGCUUACAGGAGGUGAACUCAAGAAUCACAAAUUUUCUGUCUGACUUGGCAUUUGAUGAUCCAUGGAGCAUUUUUUUCAUGAGUGUAUUGUCUCCAUUAGGAUUUAUGAAGCUCUCCUCAGUUCGCAUGCAGGGCUUGCUGCUGCUGGUCUUUGUGAGGCACGUGCACCUCCCCUUCCUGCGGGAUGUUCACACUCACUACACACGCACGGGCCUCUAUGGAUACUGGGGGAACAAAGGAGGAGUCACUGUUCGCAUGUCCCUCUAUGGUCAUACAGUUUGUUUCAUGAACUGCCACUUGCCAGCUCACAUAGAGAACACCGAGCAGCGACUGGAUGACUUUGAGAAGAUUCUGGAAAUGCAGUUUGAAGGAGAGAAUAUUCCAAGUACCUUGGAUCAUGAUGUUCUCUUCUGGUUUGGAGACCUGAACUUCCGGAUAGCAGACUAUGGCAUCCACUUUGUCCGAGAAUCAAUAAACAACAAGCGCUACAGUCUGCUGUGGGAUAAGGACCAGUUAAAUAUGGCAAAAAAGAAGGAGCCAUUUCUUCAGGACUUCAUAGAGGGUCCUCUACAGUUUAAACCCACCUACAAGUUUGACCGCCAUUCAGAAGUAUAUGAUACAAGUGAGAAGAAAAGAAAGCCAGCAUGGACUGAUAGAAUUCUUUGGAGACUGAAACAUCUCAGCCGUCGUGCACCUAAAGAAGGCGAAAUCACUGACGAACAGACAAUUUCUGUUACUUUGAAUAACUAUAUCAGUCACAUGAGCUAUGGCAUCAGCGACCACAAACCUGUGACAGGAACUUUUAUGCUUGAGAUGAAGCCUCUUGUAUCAGAACCUCUGGUCACACUGAACCCUGAGGGCGUGUGGAGUGCGGAACGUGAUGUUCUGAUCAACUAUUCCGCAGUGCCUGACUUCCCAAGCAGUGCUUGGGACUGGAUUGGACUCUUCAAGGUAACUUUCAGGCAUGUGAAUGACUAUGUUACUUACGCUUGGGUAGAAGAUGAUGAAAUUUCUUCUAAUGAAAACAGUAAACAGGUUUACAUGAGUGCUGCAGAAAUACCUGAUAAUGGAGGAGAAUUUUUGCUUUGUUAUUAUAGCAAUAAUUUGCAGUCAGUAGUUGGUGUCAGCCAGCCUUUUCAGAUUCAGCCCAACAGAACAUUAAUAGGAAAGGAUCUGACACAGGAAGAGAGCAGUGGAGGCAGGAACCUGACAAUCGAACCACGUAACGAGUUCUGA